AUGGUUUCCAGAGAGCAAGUCGAGAACCUCACAGAGGAGCUCAAUUGUUGUGUUUGCCUCGAUUUUUUCAAGGAUCCAGUUCUCCUGGAGUGCGGCCACAAUUUCUGCCGCUCCUGCAUCACAGGGUUUUGGGAGAAGCAGGUGCCAAAAACCUGUCCGGAGUGUCGAUGGGUGUCUCCAACGAAUCGACUGAGAGCAAAUCGAAUGCUGAGCCAUAAAUCGCACAACGUCAUGCCGAUAGAAAAAGCUACGAAUAUCUACAAGGGCAAACUGGAAUCCGCUUUCCAUUCAGUUACUAAGAGAAAGGUCACUGUGCUCCAUUCUGAAUUUGAGCAGAAAGCGAAGAUUUCAGCACUCAAGGAGCAGGCGAGCAGUCUGCACAGCCACAUCACGGCUGAGUUUGCUAAAAUGCACCAGAUUCUCAAUGACCGCCAGCAGUGUUUAAUCCAAGAGCUCAGAGCACGAGAGGAGGAGAUUUUACACAGAAUGGAGAAUAAUCUGCAAGUGAUUCGGAUGAGUUUAGAUUCCGUUGAACAAAAACUCUCAGAUUUACAGAAGCUGAUGGGAAACGACGUGCUUGCCUUUCUGCAGGAGGAAGUGUCUCGGAAGGAAAGAGUCAGCGAAGAGGAUGGUCCACUAAUGUUAGUUGAUGCUGAGCUGCCUGUGGGGAUAUUUAAAGGGCCUAUACAGUACAUAGCCUGGAGAGUAAUGAUAGACAGCAUCAGCCCAGCUCCAGCCCCUCUGACUCUGGAUCCAAACACAGCCCAUCCUGAGCUCGUCCUGUCUCCGAACGUGACCAGUGUGAGACACAGAGACAAACGGCAGAAGCUCCCCAACACCCCGGAGAGGUUUGAUCGCUGGGCCUGUGUCCUGGGAUCUGAAGGAUUCACAUCAGGGAGAUACUAUUGGGAAGUUCAGGUGGGGAACAAGGCUGUGUGGGAUGUGGGAGUGGCCAGAGAGUCUGUCAAGAGGAAAGGGAGAAUCAGACCAUCUCCACAAACUGGGUACUGGAAAGUGGGCCUGAGAAAAGGGAACAUUCACUGGGGUUGGCCCUCACUCCCAACCAGCUUGUCCCUGGAAGUGAAACCACAGAAGAUCGGAGUUUACCUGGACUAUGAGGGUGGACAGGUGUCAUUCUACAAUGCGGAUAACAUGUCUCAUCUCCAUACUUUCAAUGUCAACUUCACUGAGAAAUUGUAUCCCUUCUUCAGUCCUGGCUUGAACAACGAUGGGGUAAACCGGAAGCCACUGAGAAUCUGUGCUGUUAAUGAUUGCUAAACUGUUAAAGACGUGAUGUUUAUUUCACCCCUUCCUUCACACUUCCAGAA